UUCAAUAUGGCGGACACAGUGAUGAAGAUGAACUGUUACUGAAGAAGACGAAACUCUCCAAAAUCACCUGAAAAUAUAAAAUAACAAGAAAAACAUGGUUAAUCUAAGUAAUAUCUUAAGUGCUCGUGGACCACAUCUGAUUUAUGGAGUCAAAAGAGGAAAAGUUCCGACCAAACUCAGACCAACAGUAGUUGCGACAAAAACCAUCACCAAAAGAGCUCCUUGUACUGAAGAAAUGUUCAAACUCCUGACGUGCUGGAAGAGAAACACUUAUUCUGACGCAAAGUGUUCAGAUGAAAUUGGAACUUUUAUGAAAUGUGCACAACGACAUAUGGAUAUGAAAGCAAACCAAACAACAUCUGAUGCUUGGACGUCAACUGACGUUAACAAAGUGUUGAAGCAGUUUACAGAACUAAAGGGACCAAGAGACCACUGAGGAUAAAAAAGAAAACUUUAAAGGCAGGACACUGUACUACUGUUGAAAUUCCACUGUGUCUAUAUAUUACCACUCUUUUCACUACUACGCACUGAUCAAGACAACAAUUGCAACACAUUGCCCGAUCUCCCUGUCGUGACUGUUGUCUCAAUCAGCAUGUAGCAAUGAAGAGUGGUAAUUACUAUUGUACAAAACAUAAAGUAAUGCAGAAAGUUGUUUAUAAAGACGCAGACAGUCAAACUUUACUUCUGCAGCAUUGCACAUGGCAUUACAAAAAGACAACCUGUUAUUAUCACUGACAAUCUCAUGAUGAGCUUGCCUCGGCAAAUGAACUGAGGGAGUUAUUUUGGUUGUACCACUGUCUAGGAUUUGGUUACUACAUGUAAGUUUUAUAUUUCAAUAGUUUUGUGCCUGCUAGACAGUGUGACAUGGGGAUGUGACAAUGGCGAAUAGACAAAUCAGGGGGAAACCUUACAGAUAUGAUGAUGAUUUCAGGAUGACAAUAUGUGGCAAACAAAUAGAUUUCCCAUAACAAAGUUUAUUAAAUUUAAUGAAAUCUAAUUUUAGUCUUCUCCAAAAAUUAUUAAUAAUAUUGACUUUUAGGCUUCCUUUGUUUUUUAAUUUUGUUCUCGUAAGUUCAUUUUCAUUUUUUAUAAGCAAUAAUAAAUAGUCAAGCUAUCGAA